AUGGCUACAGCAUCUGCAAGAACAACAAUAACAACACCCGCAUCUUCGUCGUUGCCAUCUUCCGCCAUUUCAACAAAUACUCUUCGAACACUACCGCGCAAACGAAGACCUCGUGCCGUGGGUGAAGUGUCAAUAACAUGUCCUUCAAGUUGUGUUUAUUUGAAUGCCGAAGAUAUUAAGGAAAACGGGGCGGCUAUGGAUGCGAACGCUGCUCCCAUUCCAGAUCCCGUUUAUCAGAAUACCAACUGCAUUGAUGAGCUAAAAGAAAAAAUCGAAGCCUGUCAGCUAAAGACAAAGGAAUCCACAUCGACGACAAACAGACAUCAACGAUCACGCAUCCAUUUAACAUUUGUUCGCGCCACCAUCGCCGAAGUGGACGAUGAAAGGCGUGAGGGUAUGGUGAUGACAACGUUUGUAGAUGAUCCCGAUCAUUAUUAUGAACAACUCUCCCCGGGUGGUAUACUCAAUAAACGUCAUUCGCUGGCCGUGCAGGAGCGGGGCGGAAGUCUGCAACGUAAUCAAAAUAUGGUACGAGUAUCGAAACGUGGCAAAGCCAUAUCCUAUUCGGCACAUGCCUUGGGUCAAGAAAUAUCCGAUGACUCCUUUGACUCAGAUACGGAUGAUUAUUAUGAGGGAGAACUGCAGCAUACCCACAAUGAUAGUGGUGUAGAUAUAAGAACUUCAAAAUUACCUGAUCCUCCCGUGGCCUCAAAUCAAAUGUAUUCAUUUGUAAAGAAAUUUAAAAAUUUCUUAGUGAAAAAAUCUCCAAACAGCUCCAAGCAUGGUGGCAGCCAACAAAAAAUUGAUUCGGAUACUUCAUCACAAUUCUAUGUGAAUGGUAAUUUCCAGAGUGGUAAAGAACGCGAAUCGGGAGGUGUAGGUGUUGAACAACCCAUUAAAUCUUUAUCGCUACAAGCCCCGCAGACCAAAGAGUUGACGGAACAAUUGAACACCUCCACAACACCGCGUAAACCCAAAUCGGGUAAAAGUUUGAGGCAUCGAAUACGCAAGAGUCUGGUGGGUUUCGACAACAAACAAUUGGCCACCUUGACACCAACACGUAGCACCUUCUAUAUUGAAGAUCCUGUGCAAUCGGAAGAAAUGACGGGACAAUUGGAUUCAGGAUUCUCGGAGAAGGUUUCAUCGUCCGAAGUCAGGGAGAAUACAGCAACAACACCAACAACAAAUGAUACUCAAAAAUAUUUAACUUCACGUAAAGCCAAGAAAGAAAGUAAAGUGAAUUCUCAACGGCGGCGUACCUCAAUUGGCAUACGACCCAUUGAACCACCACCACCCCCACCUCCGGCGGAUGGCAAUGGUAAUAUGAAGCGUCAAAGUACCACCUCUUGGUAUGCUGAAUGUGGAGUCUUUAAAAAUGGCACCACCAAUCUGGUAGGGGAAGAUAGUCAACUGCUCAACGGUGACAACGAAAAUGGCAAUGGUGGAGGUACAUCGUGGUAUGAAGAAGCAGGCCUCUAUCAAACCAGUGGUGUUUCUGUGGCUAGCUCUAGCGGCAGUUCAGGGGUCUCAACCAGCAAUGAAGCCAAUCCGGGUGAUGAAAUUACCCAUAGCCUGUUCAGUAAUGAACCUUUGUAUCAGAUUUAUAGUGCAGCAAAAUUGGAAGCCAUUUCUCGCGAUAUGCAGGAUAAUAGUUCCACAGAUGGUUACGAGGAGAUUGGUGAACGUCGUAAGAGUACACAAAAUGGUGGAGAGGCGAAUCGUAAGUCAUCGCGACCGACAGCGUUGCAGUUGGUGGAACCAAAAAGUGGACCGGAACGUACUUUGUGGAGUCAAAUACCGGAAGUGGUGAAUUCAAUGAUAUUACCCACUCUCACACCCCGUGAACGUGCCCUAAUGGAAGCGAAAUUUGAGAUUAUAACCUCCGAGGCAAGCUAUCUGAAAUCGUUGAAUCUCUUGCGCAGUCACUACAUGAAUCAUCCGGUAUUUCGUGAUCAAAAUCUGGUCAAUUCAAGAGAUCGCAAAGCUCUCUUUGCCCAAAUUGUACCCGUACACGAAUGUUCGGAACGUUUACUUUCCGAAUUGGAAUCCUGCUGGCAGGAUAACAUUAUGCUGAUAGGUCUUAGUAAACGUAUUUAUGCCAUUGCCGAAAAACAUUUCCAUGUCUAUAUUGGUUUCUGUGAAAAUCAGGGACGCAUGGAUCGGACGCUGAAGAGACUGCGUGCCAACAAGGGUCUGUUCGCGCAAAAUCUUGAACUACUCGAAUCGAGUCCACUGUGUUGUGGUCUGAAUCUCCAUUCAUUUUUAAUGCUGCCCAUGCAGCGGAUUACCCGACUGCCGUUGCUCAUUGACGCCGUUUUCAGUAAAUGUCAUCCCAACGAUGAUGAAUAUGAAAAUUGGAAAAUGUGCCUGGCCAUAAUGAAUAAAAUCGUGACGCAGUGCAAUGAAGCGGCAACGAAAAGUGAUCAGGCCUAUGAAAUCGAGAAGAUAUCACGACAAUUGGAAUUUAAUCCAUCGGUAAUAAGGCCAUUGGCCAUAGCUCCCGCUGGGGUAUUGGCACCCGGUACCAAACCACGGUAUCUGGUCAAGAAGGGCGAAUUCACCCAUCUGAUAUGGCGUGGUGAUGAUGCCAAACUGACGUUUGGCAAGAAAUUCACCAAGACCACAAUUUAUGCAUUUCUAUUCUCCGAUCUGUUGGUGCUGACAAAACGCAAGGGUGAGGAACAGUUUUCGGUCUUUGACUAUUGUCCACGCAAUAUGUUGACAAUAACAUCAGGUGAUUCGCUGCCACAAGUUCCGACCAAAGAUUUGAAUAGUCAGACUAGUAAAAAUCUCAUUCUGAUGACAUUGCUAGAGAAUCAUCAGCGUAAAACAAAUGAAUUGCUUCUGUCAUGCCCCUCAGUAUCCGAGCAGGAAAGAUGGCUGCAGGCCAUGCGUCCCCCAGAGUCUGAGACACCCGGUGAGAAGUUAUAUGAACAAUGGGAUUGUCCACAGGUUAUUGCCAAACAUGCCUACGAGAGCAAUGAACCCGAUGGCCUAAAUUUGGAAAUUGGAGAUGUAAUCAAUGUGACAAGAAAGUUACCGGAUGGUUGGUAUCAAGGCGAACGCAUACGUGAUGGUGCCGUUGGCUGGUUCCCCGGCGAUUAUACCGAAGAAGUUAAUUCCGCUCAUGUUCGGGCCCGCAAUCUCAAACUAAGACAUCGUCUGCUUACAUUUACCGCCACCUAUUUAGAGUCACAAAAACGCAAUAAAUGAUCCAAAAGAAAAACCAGCAUAUGGUCGAAGAAAA